ACACUCUCUGGUGUUGUCGAUCGUCCCCACUCCCCAUUAAUCUAUUUGUUGUUACAAUCAAAUGACCUGUUAGUUUAAGUAGUGAGCUGUUUGAUUUCUUGUAAAUAGAAACAGUAGUUGAUAUAAGCUAUCCAAUUUUAUCUUCAUUCAACUAAGCACCAGGAAGAAUGAGAAAUGGUGAGGAGGUCAAAGAAAAGGAAACAGGUUCAGUGGUAGUUGAAAAAGUGGGAGGCAGAUCAUCAGUGACAAGCUGCAUAUCAAGAUAUCCCUUGAAGUUCAUCAUACCCAAAAAGGUGGGUUCUUCCAAAACUGAUGCUGUCUGGGUUUAUGCCCUCAAUUUUGGAGGUGGAAUUGUAUCUGGUGAUAAUAUAUCAUGCAAGUUUUCUGUGGGAGAUGGCUGUACCAUGGUGUUAACGACCCAGGGCUCCACUAAGGUCUAUAAAUCUGUUGGAUCAAAGUGUUCUCACCAAAUAUUAGAGGCUACGGUUGGUAGGAAUGCACUUUUAGCCAUCAUUCCAGAUCCAGUGACAUGUUUUUCCACUGCAAGAUACUAUCAGAAGCAAGUUUUCACUGUUUCUUCAGAUUCAAAUUUGGUUAUUGUUGAUUGGAUUACUAGUGGGCGCCAUGAAAGUGGAGAAAAAUGGGAUUUUGAUCUAUAUAAAAGCACCAACAAUAUAUUCUUAGAUGAUGGUCAACCAUUAUUUCUAGAUACGAUGUUAUUAGAGAAAGAAAAAAUUGGCUGCAUAAAGGAUCACAUGCAGGACUACCAAGUUAUUGCAAUGAUUGUACUCCUAGGGCCAAAUAUGCAGUAUAUCCAGAAUCUAGUGCAAGGUAAUGUCAAAAGAAUUAUGUCUGAGAAAUUACAGUAUCCUUCUGCUGCCUUGAGUCACCAAAGAGACAAGGCGGAUCAUUUCAUGACAAAACCAAGCUUCAUGGCUUCUUGCAGUGUCUUUGGUCCUAAGAAAAUUGGCCUUCUUGUUCGAGUGGCUUCUGUGACAACUGAAUCAGUUUACAAGUUUCUACAACAUCAAUUGGCUCCCUUGGAGCCAAUAAUUGGUGUGCGACCUUACAGAUGAAGUGUAACUGUUUUCUGACAAGCACACGGUUUUAUGAUUUAUCAUUGUAAAUGCAAUCAAUUUGUAAUUUAUGAAUUAUUUGGAAUCCAAUUUAAGGAUUCAGUAGAAAAGUUUAGACUGAAUUCAUUGCCAAAAUUUUAGAAAUUUAGAGCUUCCAGGAAUUGGGUUCAGAUUAUUAGCGAUUUUGCUAUGAACAUUAUCUUAUAUCAAUCUAACUUUGAAGUUAAAUUAUUAAUUACAAUUUUCUUUCAA